AUGGAAACUCUAAGACAAAUACAAAGUUUUGGUAUCUGUGUUACCUGUACGUAUCCUAUAGCAUCCGGUAUGGUGUUCACCACUCUUCUAGUUUCUUGCUGCUCAUCUCUGAACAUAAGAGCUCGUCCACUUGUUUCUAAUUCACCUUUCCUUUCUAUCUGGAAUGCUCCUACAGAACUUUGUACUGAAAGGAUUGGAGUGCAGCUGGACAUGAAAUUUUUUUCUCUCAUUGGAAGCACACUGAAGACAUCCAUUGGGCAAAACAUCACUCUCUUCUAUCCAGACAGGCUUGGCUACUAUCCUUACAAAAAUGAAGUCACAGGAGAAGCGUUCAAUGGAGGACUCCCCCAACUCUCGCUGCUGGAGGAUCAUUUAAAAAAAGCCAAAGAGGACAUCCAGUUCUAUAUUCCUUCAGAUGAACAGUUUGGAUUGGCUGUCAUUGACUGGGAAAACUGGAGACCUGUGUGGAUAAGGAACUGGGGAUCAAAAGACAUUUAUAGACAGGAAUCCAUUGAACUGGUUCAGCAGAGAGACCUCAGUCUAUCAGAAGCCGAAGCCAGGACUAUAGCUAAAAUGGAAUUUGAAGCUGCAGCAAAAUCAAUUAUGUUGGAAUCUCUAAAGCUAGGCAUAGAAAUGAAGCCAAAUCGUCUGUGGGGGUAUUACCUUUAUCCAGACUGUUACAACUAUGAUUACAAACAAAACCCACAUAAUUAUACGGGAGCCUGUUUAGAUAUUGAAAUAGAAAGAAAUAAUGAGCUUAAUUGGCUGUGGGAGGAAAGCACAGCACUUUAUCCAUCUGUCUAUCUAGAGACAGCCUUAAGAUCUUCCAGAAAUGCCCAACUCUUUGUUCGCAACAGAGUUCAAGAAGCCAUUAGAAUUUCGUACGUCUCCAAUUCUACUCAUCCACUUCCAGUUUUUGUAUAUACACGUCCAGUAUUCACAGAUGUCUAUGAGGAAUAUCUCUCCCAGGAUGACCUGGUAAACACCAUUGGAGAAUCUGCUGCACUGGGUGCUUCUGGAAUUGUUAUCUGGGGUGAUAUGAAUUUAACACAAAAUAAGAACACCUGUAGGACUCUGGACAACUACCUUAGGAGGACUUUGACCCCAUACCUCAUCAAUGUCACGAUGGCAGCCAGAAUCUGUAGCCAAGUGUUAUGCCAAGACUCUGGUGCUUGCGCACGGAAAAAAUGGAAUUCCAGUGACUAUCUUCACUUGAACCCUGAGAAUAUUGUCAUUCAAAUGACAAAGGAUGGAAAAUACACUCUGCAAGGGCAACCAGCGUUUCAGGAUCUGCAAACAUUCAUAGAAAAAUUUGAUUGCCACUGUUAUGCAGGGCACAGUUGUGAACCUAGAGUCGAUAUAAAUGACAUCCAUUACCUCCAUGCUUGCAUUUCAGAAGAUAUUUGCAUUCACAUAUCCUCAAAUUCACUUUCUAAUAUAGAAAGUAAGGUGACAUUAUCUACACAUCCUGAAAUAGAAGAUUCUCAAUCUACCUUCAGAAAUAAUAUACUCAAUAUAACAACUGCAGAACAUAACACUGUCACGGCUACCACUAGAUAUGAUUUAGAAGCAAAUGAUACUCGUACUUUCAGUAGUUCUUCAUCCUAUAAGAUAAGGAUGUUUAAUCUGUUUUGUUUAAUUCUAAUUUUGAGAACUUCUUUAAUAUAA